UAAGUAAUUUUGCUUAACCCUUUCCCCGUUGAAGCCGUCAUAAUUAUGACGGCCACGCUAGUGAUAAUUUUUUAAAAAUCGCUACGCAUGCAGUGUUGGAGCUACACCCAGGUACCUGCACAUGCGUAUUGAGUUGCUAGGCGUAUUGAGUUGCUAAUUGAGUUGCUAGUCCACGUGGUAUUUUUAUUUUUUCCGCAGCUGCUAUACUUUUUGCGAUAUUUUUUUGCGAUAUUGUCGAAGCAAUUUCACUGUGAUUAUUGAUGGCUUCCAGAUCGAAAUACAAUGCUAGUGAAGUACUAGGACUACUAGACAGUGAUAGCCUUGAUGAUUUUGGCCUUGUUGAGUCUGAGGACAGUGACUGCGACGAUGGGGAAGUAGGGAGCUACCUUCCAGAGGUCCAGCCUGCCGAAGAAGAGGCCCCCUUCUCUGAGGAAGAGGUGAUGGAGAUGGACAUGAUGGACACUGUUCCUGGAGUUGGUGAAGCAAGUUAUGAUGGAGGUCUACGCAGCCCCUCCCCCACUAUGUCUGAGUAUAAUGAGUCUGGAGAUGGUGGAUAUGAUGGUGAACACUCUCCUCUCCAAUGGACUUGUCCCUCUCUCCGGUCGUCAACUAGCCCCUCAUCAACUAGCCCCUCCCACUCUACUCCUGGGUCGUCAGCUGGCCCCUCCCACCCUCGCACACACCGUCACACUGAUCCUCCUUUCCCCCCCCUCCCCCCCUCCCCCCCUCACACAGACUCUAAUACAAACGGCUCGGACACCCCACCCAGCACUGAAUCUGAGUGUGAGACGUGGCUGUGGUGGAGCUAG